AUGGCAGAGAUACCACUGCUGCUGUUUGAUAUCCGUUGUGUAGAGAAACAGUGUGCGACAGGCUUUGAGGGCCUGAAAUGGGCCAGUACUCACCAGUACUCACCAGUACUCACCAGUACUCACCAUGUGGAGGGCGACCCUCAGUGUCCGGAGGCGCUCACUUUCUCUGAUUCGUCCUUCGGCCAUCCUCCUCCCUUCCAUCGCUAUAGCAACAGCCCGCUCUGCAGCCCCUGUGACCCCCCGGCGAGCCUCGCCUGGGCUCAGCGCAGCCGCCACCAGCCGGCCAGCCUGGCGCUCCGAAAGCAAGAGGAGGAGGAGAGCAAACGCUGCAAGGCGCUAUCCGACAGCUAUGAGCUCUCUACGGACCUCCAGGACAAGAAGGUGGAGAUGCUGGAGAGGAAGUACGGCGGGCAGUUUGUGUCCCGGCGGGCGGCGAGGACCAUCCAGACAGCGUUCAGGCAGUACCGCAUGAACAAGAACUUCGAGAGGCUUCGCAGCUCAGCCUCGGAGAGCAGGAUGACCCGCCGCAUCAUCCUAUCCAACAUGAGGAUGCAGUACUCGUUUGAUGAGCGGCAUCCCCAGGGUCAGGGUUCGGCAGGUCAGCCGGGCGCAGACACCGCAGCAGACAUGGACGACUCCUUCUCCAAGCAGGUGAAGUCUUUGGCCGACUCCAUCGACGACUCGCUCACAUGCCAGACCGGCCAUGAAGACUCGCAGGACGCCGGCGGAGACGGAGAGGAAGACGAAGAGGAUGAGGAGGGAGAUGAAGAGGAGGAAGAGGAGGAGGAGGAUGAGGAGGAAGACGAGGAUGAGGAUUACAGACAGUGUGCGUGGCGAAACACCACAGCUCCCCCCCGCCGCGUGGCGGGCCGGCCGGGUGGCGUGCAUGCCGACAGCACCGCCACUUCCUUCAGCGACGUCACACUCUACAUGGACGACAGCUGCCUCCCCUCCUCGCCGCUGUCCCGCCCCACCUCCAGCUCCGACACGGAGUACUGGGGGGGGGGAGGCGGGCGAGCGGUGGGGAGGGAGGACAGCCGGGAGACGGAGGGAGGCAGCGGCGCAGCCAGCCGGAGGAGCAGCACGCCGUGCACCGAGUGUCGGGGGGAGUACAGAGGGAGGGCAGGGGCGGGAGGAGGGGGGGGACACCUCCCCGUCCUGACCAUCGAACCACCCAGUGACAGCUCCGUGGACAUGAGUGACAGGUCGGAGCGCGGCUCCAUUGGACGGCUGGUGUACGAGCAGGAGGCGCCGGGCGGAGAGCAGGAGAGGAGGGGGGGAGGAGGCGACGGAGAGAGCGGCGAGGAUGAGCGAGGAGGCGGAGGAGGAGGAGGGAGCAGCGAAGCCGACUCUCCUCAGGGAACCAUCAAACACAAACCAAACGGCCGCUCGGUCGCCACGGCCCAGGGACAGACGCGCAGCCCCGCCAGCGCCCCACUAGCGAUGCCGUCGGCGCGAGCACUGCCGCCACACCCACUGCCUCACCCCCACCCUCACCCCCACCCGCCGCCCAUCCCCCACCUCCCCACCAUCCUCCACCACCACGCGCAGUUUAGCACGCCACACGUCCUGCACAUGCACCACGUGCACACCGGCGGCGCCCCGUACGUCCCGCACCCUCAACACUUCUCCCAACACCACUACCACCACCUGCACCACCAACCCUUCCCCCACAGUUACCCAGAAGCCCCCUCUUCCCCGCUGCCCUCCCAUGUCCCUCCGCUCACGCCACUGCCGCCGCCGCUCACACCCUCGCCGCUCUCCUCGUCCUCCUCUAACAUGGAGGCGCCGCACCACCACCCGCUGCUGCACCACCACCUGCUCUGCUCCGACGGUGACAACGAGAGCGUCAACUCCACCACUACCAACUCCAACGACGACACCACCGUCAACAACUGCAGCUCCGGCUCCUCCUCCCGGGACAGCCUGCGGGAGCCGGCGGGCGGCGCCGCAGCGGGGAAACAGACCUAUCAGAGGGAGAGCCGCCACAGCUGGGACUCCCCCGCCUUCAACAAUGACGUGGUGCAGCGCCGGCACUACCGCAUCGGACUCAACCUCUUCAACAAGAAGCCGGAGAAGGGGAUCCAGUACUUGAUCGAGCGAGGCUUUGUGUCGGACACGCCAGUGGGCAUCGCCAGGUUCAUCCUGGAGAGGAAAGGGCUGAGUCGCCAGAUGAUCGGAGAGUUCCUGGGCAGCCGGUCGCAGUUCAACAAGGACGUCCUUGACUGUGUUCUGGAUGAGAUGGAUUUCUCCGGGAUGGAUCUGGACGAUGCUUUGAGGAAGUUCCAGGCUCAGAUUAAAGUUCAGGGUGAAGCUCAGCGGGUGGAGCGGCUGGUGGAGGCCUUCAGUCAGCGGUACUGUGUCUGUAACCCGGUGUUGAUCCGGCAGUUUCAGAAUCCAGACACCAUCUUCAUCCUGGCCUUCGCCAUCAUCCUCCUCAACACGGACAUGUACAGCCCCAACGUCAAGCCGGAGAGGAAGAUGAAGCUGGAAGACUUCAUCAAGAACCUGCGGGGCGUUGAUAACGGCCAGGACAUCCCCAGAGAUCUGCUGCUCGCCAUCUACGGAAGGAUCCAGAAAUGGGAGCUGAGGACCAACGAUGACCACGUGUCUCAGGUGCAGGCGGUGGAGAGGAUGGUGGUCGGAAAGAAGCCGGUGCUGUCUCUGCCUCACCGCAGGUUGGUGUGCUGCUGUCAGCUGUUCGAGGUUCCCGAUCCGAACCGAGGUCAGCGGAGCGGCGUCCACCAGAGAGAAGUCUUCCUGUUCAACGACCUGCUCAUGGUGACGAAGAUCUUCCAGAAGAAGAAGAGUUCAGUCACGUACAACUUCAGACAAUCGUUUCCUCUGGUGGACAUGCAGGUCCACACUUUCCAGAACACCUACUACCCCCACGGGAUCCGGCUGACGUCGGCGAACCCCGGCGGAGAGAGGAAGGUGCUGAUCGUCUUCACGGCUCCGAGCCAGCAGGACCGCGCUCGCUUCACGUCUGACCUGCGAGAGAGCAUCGCUGAGGUCCAGGACAUGGAGAAGUACCGCGUCGAGUCCGAGCUGGAGAAGCAGAAAGGUGUGAUGCGUCCAGGUGUGUUGGCGGGGGCAGGACCCGGAGGGGGGGGGACGCCGGGCUCCAACCUCUGCGCCAUGACGGGCGAGGUGGUGAACGGCACUCUGGGUAGGCCGAGCCUCGACGACACGUACGCCUCGGUGGACGGGCUCAAACGCACGGCCCUCAGCUCGUCACUGAGAGACCUCUCAGAAACAGGGAAGCGGGGUCGUAGGAACAGUGUCGGGUCAUUGGACAGUACCAUUGAAGGUUCGAUCAUUAGCAGCCCUCGGCCUCACCAGCAGCGCCCCCUGCUGGCUGCAGCGCUGUCCUACAGCCCCAUGAUGGUGCCCUCCUCCCCAGCAGCCUACCGGCCACACCGCCCUACUCAGAGCCCCGGUACAGGGGUGGGGGGUGGGCCGGGGCUCUGUCACACCCAGGGGGGGGUCGCCACCUCCCCCCUCGUGAGCGGGGGAGGGGCUGGGGGCGGAGGAGGGAUGGCAGGCGGGGGGGGCCCGACUGGCGGCGGCCUGCUGGGGAACUUCUUCGGCAGCCGCCGUGGCAAAGUUCCCGGUCCUCUGACGAUGACGUCACCGACUCCAGCGGGUCCGCCGAGUCCCCUGAUGAUCUCAUCGCCCCCCCCACCCCGCCCCCGCCCCUCCCAUCCCCCACCCCUCCUCCCCUUCCCCAUGCCCCUCCCCUUCGCCAAACCUCGCCCAGUCGGACUUGGGAGGAGUUGGAGGGGGGCCGUCCAAGCUCCAGGCUCUGCACGCUCAGUAUUGCCACGGCAACAGUGGAGGAGGCGGAGUCAGUGUUACUGGGCACCAGCAGCAGCAGACGCCGCCCCCCCCUACCACCACCACCACCGCUACCACGUGCAGAGCGUCCCGCAGCACCACGCCGCCCUGGCGCCCAGGUUCUCUGCUCCGCCGCGCCGGCAGGGCCCGUCCAGCUGCGGCGCCUCCCAGAGGCUGCAGCACGCCGCCGCGCCGCGCUACAGCCUGGGCUUCAUCACGCCGCCGCCGCUGUCCCCCCACUCCCCCCACUCCCCCGGCACCCCCACUACUCCGCACGGACUCUACCACUCGCACCCCGCCCCGGGGCGGCCGGGGGGAGGCGGCAAGCUGCCGCUGACCAUCUCGCACUCGCAGCCGCACCCGCACGCUCACACGCACGCUCACACACACUCCCCCCUCAGCCCCUCCCCCUCCACCCACUUCAUCUUCUCCACGCCGCCUCCACAGACGCCCUCGGCGCGCCUCGUCACGCAGACGCCCCCGCAGCCCUACGCGCCGCAGUACCCGCUGAUCUCCUCCAUCCCCCGCCCCCCCACUCCCCGCUGCCGCCGCCGGCCAACGCCGCGGGGGGCCAAGCGGGCAAAUCCAAACCCGUCAGCCGGAUCAGCACGGUCGUGUGAGGAGGCAGAAGCCACGGCCGGCGGUCCGCCACCCGGCAGUGAGCCACCGGGGGGCGCCGCUGAGGAGGAGGAGGAGGAGGAGGAGGAGAGGAGGAAAUCAAAAUGGCCGCUUAGUGAGGAAGAGAGCACUGAGAGCGGGGAAGAGGAAACUACUCAGUCUGUGUUAUUUCCACAUCCACUUCCCCCGCAGGUAGAGACGCUCGCACACUCAGAGACGAGAACCAUCAACAAGAACGCUACCGAACCAAGCCGCGCCGGCGUCUCCGUGAGAAUCUCCUCCAUCUUCCCCUGA